AGAUUUGGGUCUUGCAACACAAGGGCUUCAUUUGACAGAAAAUGUCAAAAGACUAGUCAGCUGUGUUUACAAAAAUUUGUCUUUUAAAUAAAUCUUGGCCUUACAUAACCAAUAAAACUUAGCACACUAACUUAUUUAUAUGAACAAUCCAAAAUGACAUCGCGAUGCAGAUAUUUUUGUAGAAGAUUAUUGCAAAUGAAUAGGUACUAUUACCCGAUAGUUCAACUACCUAAACUUGCAUUCGGUAGAAUUGCCGUACCAUGUACCUUGGGUUUUUCAAUGUUUACAUGGUUAGGUUUUAACAAGAAACUGAGCGCGGAAGACGAAUUAAUUAAAACUAUAAAACAUUGUGUUCUUUUUACUCAAAGAGGUGAAUACGAAAAAGCAGAACAACUGUUACAUGUCGCUCUGAGGCAAGCACAACAGAUGCGAAAUGAGUCUGGUAUUACAUAUAUUUAUGAUAUAAUGGCCAAUUUAGCUUUGGAAAGGGAACAACUAGAUAAAGCUAAGCAAUUAUUUGUUGCUGUCACCCAAAGAAUAAUGGCUGAAGGUGCAAAAGAAGAUGAUCCUCGUGUUAUACACAUUAGUGCAAAAUUAGCAAGAAUAAGUCAUUUAAAAAAAGAAUAUUCUACAGCUAAGUUAGGUUAUGAUUGGUGUUUAAGUAAAUUAAAAAAUUUACCUCCUGAAGCUUUAAAUGAAAUUGAAAAACUUAUAGCAAUGACAGAAGAUUGGUAUGGACGUUUAUUAGUUGACUAUGAGAAAAGUAAUAAAGGUCUUGAUCUGAUGGUCAGUUCUUUAAACAGAAUGGAGAAAUUAGAUGUAGAAAAAGAGCAUAUUGUUAUACAGAUGAAUGAUAUUGCAACUGUUUGUGAUCAACUUGAAAAAUAUGAUGAAGGAAUUAGUUAUUUAUUACAAGCUAUUGAAGUUGGUAAACAAUUACCUGAUAUGGAUGAAUUAGGAGCAGUUUAUGUUAAUUUAGGAAGGCUUUAUAUGAAGAAAAUGUUAUUAGAUAAGGCUAGAAAAUCCUGUGGGGCAGGUUGGAAACUUGGUGUCACUGCCAAAAAUGAUGAUAUUAAACGUGAAGCAGAAUUAUGUUUUAAAGAAAUAAAAAAUUUGUCCUAAGUUUAUUUUAAGAAACAAAUCAAUGAAAUAUAUAUUUUCAAAUAUAAUAUUUUAAAAUUUAUUUAUAUCUAUAAAAUCUUUACACUUGUUACACAAGGACUUGUGACUAUUAUAAAAAUAGAUUUGGAAUUUUUUUCCAUCUAUAUGGUAGGUAUUCAAAUCCUAGUGUUUGUGUUUUAAAUAUUAAUAACAUGUGAAAGAUGACAGUACUAAAAUAUACCAUAAAUAAAUCUUAUUAUUUCUAUUUUCUUAGAUUAUGCCUUCUUAAUAAAAGGGAGUGAUGAACCAAAAAUUAUUUUGUCUCUUGUUGCUUACUUCUUACAAAGGCCGUGAUUGACAUUUUAACAACAAAGUAAUUGUUACUAUUUUUAUUGUGUAAAAUAAAACAAGAGGUAAUUUUUAUUAUUUUAUUUACCUAAAAUCUCAAUGAACUCAGAGUAGAUUUUAAGUGAAAUUAUUAAAAAGAAAUGAGUAUGUAAAACUAAUUCAAAUGCAUGGUAAAGUGGUAUAAUUAUAAAUGUAAUUUUUGUUAACUAAUAAUUUAUGAUAUUUUAUUGAGCACUCUCUUUUGUUACACUGAAUGGUUCUGCAACAACUUCAGUGU